GGGGGUGCUUAUCAUAGGUUCCAAAUGUUUCUGUGUGAGGGAAAGUUUAUUGCGGGGUUGGAAUGUCUCUGGUUGGAGGGGAGGCUGUCUCGGGGUUGGCAUGUUUCUGGUCAGAGAGGGGUUUAUCUUAGGUUUGGAAUGUUUCUGGUUAUGCUGACAUUAGCCAUUAGGCUGAUGUUUUGGGGCUGGAUUUAGGCAGCUUUUAAUUAAGGGGGAACUUAGAAUGGUGGUGUUUGUUCAAGGUGGCAAUGCUCCUGCUCCGUCACUGGCCAGGUAAGGCAACCCUUUGUUAUGAUAACAACCUGAGAUUGGCAGGGGCUCACAUCCAGGGGGAGCUCAGGUGCUUGCUGGCGAGGCUGCACCUUGUCAUUCAGGUUCACAGGGAACAGGUCAACCAGGCCCUGGCUCUUCAGUCUUCUGCCUGGAGUGACUUAUGUAAUUCUGUUCAGCUUUCAUUGGGCACAGGGAGUCAUAGCUAAAUCUGCUGCCUGGGGCUGGGAAACAGACUCCUCCCUUGAGGAGCAGCAGUCCACCAUAGGGAAGUCACAGUGGUCCAGGCCAAAGGCAAUACAGCUAGUGCAGACUAGGCAGUAGUGCAGGGAAUAGAGAGAAGUGGGAAUAAAGGGAUAGUGAAAGGAGGCACAUUUCACUGGCAGGUGAUCAGGUGUAGGAGGACAAGUCAUAUAUCUGGACUUUACAGAGCAGUGGACACUCAGUCGGCUGCUGUCAGCGCCUGGGGCUUAGGGGAGUGCCCCUGGCUGGAGACAUGGCAUGGAGUGCCAUCAUUUAGGGAGCCCUGGACACAAGUAAGAGAAGGUGCGACAGCAGGAGGGAAAGAGUCUGGGGCCCAGCUGCAGGAACCAACACCCAUAGGCUAUUUGUAUAAAUGGGCCAUGGGGCCUCCCAACCGGAGGCUGGCUGGUGCCACGAGGGUCCCACAGGCAUGGGUGUCCCUACUAUAUCACAUGGCCUUCACCGAGACGGGUAUAUGGAUUGCACCUAUCAGAGACCAAGGACAGGACCUCCCUGGAAAUCUGAGGACCUGGCCUGUGAUCCACUUGCUGCCUUAUCCUCUUCCUGCUAUGUCAUGGCUUAUCUUCUUUCACCCAUUCAUUCAUUCAUUCAUUCAGCAGUAUUAAGUCAAUGUCUCUUGUAUGCUUGGCACCUGCUAGAUGGUCCCCGAGUUUACCAUUAGUGGAAAAGACAGUUAAGAAAUUCAGCAAGGGCUCUAUGAGAGGGCAUACACGGUGCACCUGACUAGGGUGUGGCUUCCCUGAGGAGCUGAAGUUGCCCAGAGGCCCAGAGAAGUUGAGCUGCGCACAUUUGAACCACUGAACCUGGUCUCGACCUCACCUCCUUCCCUUCGGUGCCUCCCAGCAUCCUAUCCUCUUUAAAGAGCAGGGGUUCAGGGAAGUUCCCCGGAUGGUGAUUCGCAGGGGCAGCUCCCCUCUCACCUGACGCAGUGACUGCCCCUCCCCAUCUCAAACACACAAGCUAACGCGUGCGGGGACUGGAGCCCUUGGGGACGCAGGGGCUCAGUGCGUGCAGUGGAAUCCACUCGGCUUCAUCUCUGGAAGGGCAAGGGGCCAUCUUCCGGGUUCACCACCACAUCCCCACUGCCGGCACAGCGCCUCCUGGUGACUAUCAUCGGUGACCUAAUGAAAGGACUAAGAAAGACCCGAAGCGAGGCCGGGACAGGCCGAUUUCUAGCGGCCACGUGGAGAACGGUUUGGAACAGUGCGCCGGGCUUAGAGGCGGUUGCUGGAGGAACGGGCAGAGUCGCCCAGGGUCCUGCCCUGCGGGGCGGAGCCGAGGCAGGCGGUGACGUCCCCACUGGAGGCGGAGCCGCAGCCUCGCGGGGACGGGGCCUGGCGCCGGCGGUGGCGUCACAAAAGGCGGGGCCGCAGUAGUGUCCGAGAAGUCAGGCACGUAGCUCAGCGGCGGCCGCGGCGCGUGCGUUUGUGCUUCUGCGCGGGUGUCUGGGUUCUUCUGCCAUCAUGCCGAUGUUCAUCGUAAACACCAACGUGCCCCGCGCCUCAGUGCCGGACGGGUUCCUCUCCGAGCUCACCCAGCAGCUGGCGCAGGCCACCGGCAAGCCCCCCCAGUACAUCGCGGUGCACGUGGUCCCGGACCAGCUCAUGGCCUUCGGAGGCUCCAGCGAGCCUUGCGCGCUCUGCAGCCUGCACAGCAUUGGAAAGAUCGGCGGCGCGCAGAACCGCUCCUACAGCAAGCUGCUGUGCGGCCUGCUGGCCGAGCGCCUGCGCAUCAGCCCAGACAGGGUCUACAUCAACUAUUACGACAUGAACGCGGCCAACGUGGGCUGGAACAACUCCACCUUCGCGUAAGAGCCGCCGGGCCCCACGCGGUCUGCGCUGGCUGGACCCGGGAGCCCGCCGCACGCAGUGUUCUAGGCUCGCCCACCCCAACCUUCUGGAGAAAUAAAACGGUUUAGAGACCAGGA